AUGCCGCGUCGCCUGCUCGCGACGGCCUUCACCGCCCCACCCGUUCUACGACCGCUUUCGCUGCGUCGCUACUGUGCAGGCCCCUUGAGCAGACGCGCAUAUUCACAUGCCGCCACACCUCGAUCCCCAUGCGAGCACGUUACCAUUCCAUGUCGGACAAACGGCCACAUCACCAUUGAUAUCUUCCAUGCAUCGACUCCAUCGUCUCCCAUUCUCCUCUAUCUGCCGCCGGGCCCUGUAGUGCCAGCUUGCCCUGAAGAAGAAGAGCGAGUCAUCUCCACACUACGUGAAUCGAGCAGUGCUACCAUUGCCCGCAUCAACUAUCGUGCAUCAUCAUUGCACCCAUACCCAACGCCUUGCCAUGAUGUUCUGGCAGGCUAUGACUGGAUCCGAGAAAAUCUGCUCCUCGACGAGUUCAAACGCCCAUACCUGGCGCGGCUCGGUGUCUGUGGACAGCUCGUUGGUGCCUCACUUGCAACCAUGCUGGCCUUGACCGAAUGCCGUCUCGGAGAAAGUCGUGUUGGUGCUGCGGCUGUGAACAACCCCAUCGUAGAUUGGGUUUUCCCCGAUCAUCUCCCAUUCAUCAAUGCCUCAGAGCUACCGGAACCAGCUGCACCAGAUGAGACCGCGUUUCCGGCCGAUGAGGACCUGGCAAGCUCAUGGGCUACACGCGAGAAGGAGCAAAAGGCACCAAAGGCGGUUCGUAAACCUAGGAAACGAACGCCAAAGCCACCACCUUUGACAGCGUGGCAUGCCCAAAGCGCGAAUACCACUCUACCUGUAUUGACCCUCUCUGGGGAGCGCGAUAUGCUGUUCCGCAAGCCAGAGGACUGCUUUGAUCGCUUCGCGUCUCCUAUUCAUUUCUUUCGCUCUCCGCAUGCACAGCUCAUCUUUCCACAGCAAGAACAUCUGACGGCGUCAGAACAGCCUGAUGAGGUACUCGACAUGGAGACUCAGAUGCAUCUCAAUCACUACGCUGCUCUCGAUAACAAAGCCAAGGACAAAGCCAAGGUGGUGCAAGUAUUGCCCACCUUGGCUCGGUGCCGUUCGUAUGCUCGCAACUAUCCCCCAGCCGGCACAAAACUGAGCUUGCCAGUCUGGAACAUCACCUCUGGCUUACAAAGCCCUCUUUCCGACCAGGCAACAGAGCUAGCAAAGAUGAUCAGACGAAGCAUUGCCCGCCAGACUCUCAAGACGCGCGCGGGUCGGACACGAUGGCAUGAUGCAACGGAGAAAAGGCAGUACGAGGAGUUUGCACAGAAAAGGGUAGAACUGAAUACAUUUAAAGGGACAGGUCUAUGGACUGAGCAAGAAAAUAACCCGAAUUGGAAGGCAAAUGUAGAAGAAGUGGGCGACUGGAUGAAACAACGUUUAGAUGUCGGCUUUUCUUAA